AUCCAGACCGGGCAGACCCCGCCACAGCGAGCGGCCGUUACACGCCUGUCUUCCCCGCUACGCAGUGCCGCCAACGCAGCAGCGCACGAGACACGGCAGCACGCGUGUAGAUCCUGGCUGGGGGAAGCGCAGGCUGAAACGUACUUGAAGGAGGCGAGCUCUACUCAAUCACCUUCUGGAAAAAGAGAAAUUGAGAGGAAUCGACAACACCGCAAUGGAUACAAUUCUCAGUGCCAUCGUUUACUACACAACGGCAGCUUUCGCUGGGAUCUUCGCCGUGCUGUAUCUGUACUUCUGGAACGCGUUCAGACACUGGAAGACCCGGGGUGUCCACUACGCCGAGCCCUCGCUGUUCGUCGGGAACCUCGGGGGAGUGUUCUCUCGGAGGGAAGGCCUGGUGGACCUGUUCAGGAGGCUGUACAGGGAAGCCGCCGGCCACAGGGUCGUCGGGAUGUUCCUCCUCGGCAAGCCGGUGCUGGUGCUGCGAGACCUGGACCUGGUGCGCCGAGUGCUGACCAAGGACGCGCACGCGUUCCUCAACAGGUUCUUCAUGCCCCCGGAGAAGUUCGACCCCUUAUUCGCCAAGAGCCUCGUCGCGGCGAAAGGCAAGAAGUGGAAGCACCUGAGGAUCAAGAUGACCCCGACCUUCACCUCGGGCAAGAUCAGGAGGAUGCUGCAGUUGGUGGAAGACUGCAGCAAGAAGCUGGUCAGACACAUCGACCAGGAGGUCUCCGAAGGGAGGCCUGUUGUAGUGAAGGACGCAAUGGCCAGGUACACCAUGGACGCCAUCGCGUCUUGCUCCUUCGGCAUCAACGCGAACGCCCUGGAGAACCCCGACUGCGAGUUCAUCUCCAAGAUGAAAAUGUUGCUGGAACCCAAAGGUCUCCAGAUGCUGCUCGGCGCGAUCAUCAUUUUCACUCCCUGGCUGCAGAAGUUCGUCCACGCGAAAGCCUUCGACGUCGGCGUCACAGACUUCGUCCGGAGGACGUUCUGGGACAUGGUGGACCACCGGAAGGCCAGUGGGAUUGUCCGCAAGGACUUCGUGGACCUCCUGAUGCAGCUCCGGCAGGACGGGGAGGUGCGUGCAGAAGACGAGAAGGACCAGGAGGAGAUCAAGCAGGACAGCAGAUACAUGAACGUGGAAGUCUCUAGAACCGACGGCUCUGAUGUCACCCUGGAUGAGGAUGACAUCGUCGCCCAAGCCUUCAUCUUCAUAUUCGCCGGCUACGAAACAUCUUCCAGCGUCCUGACCUUCACCUUGUACGAGCUGGCCUUGAACCCGCCCGUCCAGGACAGGCUGCGGAGGGAGAUGGAAGACGUCCUUGAGAAGCACGGAUCCAAGGUCACGUACGUCGCCUUGGCCGAGAUGAGCUACCUGGACAUGGUGGUCGCAGAGUCCCUUCGCAAGUACUCGCCUCUGUCAUUCAUAGACAGAGAAUGUCUUUCGGACUACACAAUCGAAGGUACUGACAUCACUUUAAAAAAGGGAACAGUGGUUAUCGUUCCUUCACACGGCAUUCACUAUGACCCUGACAUCUACCCCGACCCGGAAAAGUUCGAUCCCGAGAGGUUCAGCGACGAGAACAAGGGAAAACGAUCGAACUUUGCCCACCUGCCGUUCGGUGAAGGGCCAAGGAAGUGCAUCGGCAUGCGGUUCGGCCUGAUGCAAGUGAAGACCGGCCUGGUGCACAUCCUGAAGACGUACCAAGUGAGUCCUCACGAGGACACACCCCUUCCUCCUCUGGAGCUCCAUCCGUUCUCGGGAGUGACCUUGGCCAAGAAGGACAUCGUUCUAACUUUCACUGGGCUCGAGUCAACUUCAGCCGCUGAGCAGUGAUUUGAACUUUUUCCAGUUGCUUGAGCAUCGACGAAAAUCAACUAUCGCCUGUGUAUGAGACAAAAAAUCUAUCCCUAAAAUUACAGGAUAAUUUAUAUCAUCGAGUACAUAGCACUCGUAUUUCCAGGUAAACUCGCCCAUUCUAAUAGGUACCCGUACGACGCAUUCUGACAACAAAAACCCCCCGUUAGCUGUGGUGAAUUUCACUUGUGGUAUUUUCCGUAUUCUGCCUACAUUGAAUUUAGUACUACGCAUUGUACUGUAAAGUUUGACCUUAACCCAGGGCAAACCAAACAACUUCCGCAAACCGGGACACAGUAAAACUCCUAAAUUAUUAUUAUUAUUAUUAUUAUUAUUUAUUUAUUGUUUACAAAAGUUACAAUAUUUCUUACAUUAGUCUCGCAAAACCUAUUCACCUAGGUUUGUCUGCGAGUACGGAGUCACACUCGUACAUUAAAUCUUAUUUUAUAAUACACUUAAAAUUGCUCAAAUAGCUGUUUGAACAUUGAUUUUUGUUUAAAAAGUAUGGAGUAUAUUAACAUAAAUUACAUUGAGUUAAGGUACAUCUUUUUAAGUUUACGACUGAAUUUUGUCCUGCUACUUGAAUUUAAAACUUCAAUAGGGGAUGUUUUGUAAAUCUAGUAGUAGUCUAGGAAUAUUUUUUUUUUGUUUUUGGAUAUCUUGAUUAUUUAUGGUACCUGUCAUACAAAGAAAACAUAAUUUUUCAUUUAGCUCAAAAAUGGCGCCAACGAUUUUUCUCAAAUUUCUCGUCAUUUUAUCUUUUAAUAACAUCUAUAACAUGGCUUACUCAGUCAGUUUUUACCGGGAAACUCUAAAAAAGGUAGCUGCCAUACAAAAUCAAUUUUGUUUGUAAAUUUUCCUAUAAGCCCGGCAAACCGCGCCGUCACCAAAACCACUUUUGUUUUGUGAUAGAUAAAAUACUUAUUUGAAAUUCGAACGUGUCCUCCGGCCAAUAUUCAUGGGAAUACAUAACUUAUUUUACAGGUACAAGAAGAAGACGUACCUGCCGUCGCAGUUGGAAGUAGUUCUGGUCCCACCACAGAGCAGGGUCAAGAUGAAGUCGACUCAUUAAAAGUACCUCAAGCAUCUAGUCAUAAGCCUGCAGAAAAAGUGAAUGUUGCCAAAGAAGACAUAAUUGAAAUCGUGCCUUCUGCUCCUGCCGAAAUCAAAGAUGUGAAUCUCGACGAUGUAGGUUGCUGGCCUUCUCCUAUGACCGACGAAGUAAGAACGCUUCUAGUAUGUCGCGGAUCUGACUCAGUACAGCACAUCGAUUCCAAAUUUGCCGAUGUUGUUCGCUCAGGGACUUCAACGAAAGGCGGUACCCGAAAACUAACCAAAGAGUGGUUCUACAAACCAUUAUCUAACGGCGAAAAGGUUCUCCGAACAUGGAUGGUGUACUCGCCUUUGAAGCAAUCCUUGUAUUGUUUUUCUUGCAAGCUGUUUGGCAAUUCCGGCUCUAACUUCGCAUCUGAAGAAGGAUUCAACAAAUGGUGGAAGCUAAAUCCAAGAAUAGGAGACCAUGAAAAUAGCCUAGGCCAUGAACAGAGCUUCUUGAAAUGGAAGGAGUUGGAAGUUCGCCUGAACUGUAAAGCAACCAUCGAUCAGAAACAACAAGAAGUUUUCGAAAGUGAGGAGAAGAAGUGGAGGGAUGUACUGUACAGGUUGCUGAAUAUUAUCCAGUUCUUAGCCAAACAGAAUCUGGCCUUCAGAGGACAUCGAGAAGACAUUCGAGGAGAUGAUAGUGGCAAUCGCGGGAACUUUCUGGAGUUAGUGCACCUCCUAGCUAAAUACGACCCUCUUCUAAUGGAACACCUGACAAAGAUAAAGCUGGGAGCAAGAGUCUCAGUUUCGUAUCUAUCUCCAGAAACCCAGAAUGAAUUUAUAAACUUACUGGGACAGCAAGUUCGAUCCACCAUCAUCCGUCGUAUUCAAGAAGCUAAAUAUUAUUGCGUAAUCUUCGACAGCACACCAGUCAUCUCCCACAAUGACCAAAUGAGCCAAGUUCUGCGAUACGUACAUAUCGAAGGAGAAAAAGUCGCCGUGGUAGAAUCUUUCAUUGACUUUUCGAACCAAAAGGAAAAAAUGCAGAAGAUCUCAGCAACGAUAUAAUCGCGAAGAUAACAUUAGACGGACUGGACAUACAGAAUCUGAGAGGACAGGCUUAUGACAAUGCUGCCACAAUGUCAGGGAUCCACAAUGGAGUUCAAGCCCGGAUUAAAGCACCGAAUCCGAAAGCUAUAUUCGUUGCAUGCACAAACCACUCACUAAACUUGGCUGGGGUACACGCUGCUUCUGAAUCAGUGGAUUCCGUGACAUUUUUUGGAACUCUGGAGAAGCUGUUUGCCUUCUUUUCCGCAUCAAUUGUUCGAUGGAACGCUUUGGUUGCCGUCACAGGUCAAGCAUUAAAACGAGUCACUGAAACGCGCUUGAGCGCUAGACAUGUAGCUGUCAAGAUGCUUAAAAAUAAGUUUGAGGUAGUUCUUGAGGUACUGGAACAAUUAACAGAUUCAUCUCAAACUUCCGAAACAAGAUCGGGAGCCAGUCUUCUCCUGACAGCCAUGCAGUCAUUUAACUUCCUAACUUUUCUUGGCUUUUGGGCUGCAGUGCUACCUGAAGUAGAUGACGCACAGAUUUACCUGCAGCAACGAGGACUAAGUGUGGAUAAGUGUGCUCAGAAACUCUGCGCUUUGAAAACCCUCUUAGUGGAAAGUAGAGACCGUUUCGUGCAAGAAGCAAUUGACUUUGCUAAGACUCUCUGCGAAAAACUCGGAAUCGAACUCAAAACGAGAAGAAUUCGCAGGAAAAAACGCAUGCAUGGCGAUGAAUCUUCUGAAGAUGCAGCUUUGUCUCACGAACAGGAAAUCCGUCGAGAGAUUACCGCAUCAUUCGACAAGAUCAUUCAAGAAAUGACGACUCGAUUCCAGCAAAUUCAAGAAAUAUCGGACAAGUUCGGAUUUUUGAUGCCAGCGAAACUUUUGGACAGCAAGUUCGAGUGUGAUCUUUCCCAUGUAUUAGAAGACAUCGACAAGGACGAGUUUCAGAUGGAGCGGAAGAGUUUUUAGCAGUUUGUUGUUGUUGCCUGUUCUGAAUCAGAGGAACAUAUAAGUGGUAAUGGACCACUGGAGCUCCUCCAGUUCAUUCAAAAACUGAAUCUCGGAAUUUUGGUUCCAAAUAUAGUCAUCUUGAUUCGUAUAUAUUUGACUUUGGCGAUUAGUGUUGCAAGUUGUGAGAGAAGUUUUUCGAAGUUGAAGCUAAUAAAAAAUUACCUCAGAUCUACUAUGAGCUCCGCUAGACUAUCAAACUUGGCUAUAUUGUCGAUUGAACAAGAAUUGGCUGCUAAUAUUGAUUUUGACAAAGUUAUUUCUGACUUCGCUGCUCAUAAGGCCCGUAGAAUCCGCUUGUAAAACCGCUCAUCCUAUUUUAACUUCAAUAAAAGGUACCUCAUUGCAUGUGAAAUUUAAUUUUAAGUAAGCACCUAUAGAAUGGGGGCGGCAAAAUGGGUCUCCCGCCCCAGGCGCCGAGAUGGCACGCUACGCCACUGCCGGCGGCUUUAUACGUUAUACUGGAUUGUACGUUAACAAGAGGGACGUACUAGAGAGAAUUUGCUGUAUACAUAAUCGGGAAAUUACCCGCCGCAAAUAUAUUUUGGCAGUAUAUACAUAUUGAUCCAAAUAGUGGGCCAAACGUUUCUGGCAAAAAUCUUCGACUUUUCCACUCGAAGUUCAUUUUUGUCGAAGCCAAAGUCGAAGGAAAAAAAUAUCUUCGAUUCGACUUCGAUUACUCGAAGCUUCGCACACCCCUAACAGUCAUUCUAAGAGAACAAGUAAUUAUUCAGUAAUAAACAACAAUUAUUAUUACACAGGAGAAACUAUUUGUAGCAGUCGGUCAGUACUAAUAACAAAGUAUAUCAUUAAGAUAUGUGCAAUGUUCAAUAAGAAAUGAUAUAAAAAACAUUUGUUGACAAAUAUUACUGAAACUAAGCUGACGUCUUUCAAUUACCUCUUCUUAGAAGUAAAAAUUAUAUGAGGUAAUGUUUUUGUUAAAACACAACAAAUGUAUUUUCAAAACACUCAUUCAAAAUUUUUCCUUUAAAAUAAAAUUUUUAAAAAAAUUAAAUUUUCAUUAAAUUAUAUAACACUUUAACGCAGCACCGGUAAACUUAAGAAGAUAAACGUAAAUUCACGAACUUCCCUGGAUAAUUUUUGACCAGCGUUAUUCGUAUAUUUUAGGUGACUAUUUUUUAACAGUGUAUUCAGUUGUUUGAUCUCUUUUCAAGAACAAGCCUAUAGAAACAGAAAAAGAAAUUACACAGUCAGCUGUGUUCUAUACAAAUCUUGGCUAGCAGUUUAGGGUGAAUUAGUUAUCACAGCCAAAAAAAUUUUUUUUAUAUAUACGUUUAUAUAUUUUUUUUUCCAUGGCUGCAUCGAGUUCGGUGGUUGAUGUGAGAUAGAAUGUAAAAUAUGUCUAAUACAAAUUAUCAACUGAUAGAAUUAUAAUAGACAAUCUUUUUGAACUAUGUACCUCGACUGUAAAAACGUGUACCUAUGAUUCUAGAACAUAAUUUAGUAACACAAUUAUAUAGGUAGCUAAAAUUGCCCAGGUUUACAUGAAUGUUGUAUAUUUACAUAUGUUCUUACUUCCUGAAGAUUGUUUUCUUAUAGCUAAAAAAAUUGUCGAGUAUUAUUUUUAUCAAAUUUAUAGUUGAAAAUGUACUUGCGUUAAGGUAUAGGUACUUCGUUGGCAUGCUAAAAAAAUUUUUUGAUGCGAUAGUCAAUAAAUAUUAAAUAUCUGUGUUCCAGAAACAAUAUAUCACUCCCAAGAAAUAUACUGCAAGCUGAAGAACUGUAGAGCGUCUGGACUAAUAACAGUUUGUGGCAGUUCAGUUUCUUCUGAGCACAAGUCGAGUUUCCAUGUUGCAGACAAGAAGAUGUUGUCUAUUACUUGGUUCCUUGACAGGUACUGAAGAUAUGGCUGUUCGAACCAAGAGUUUAUCAGGGUGAUGUUCUUCCAGCUCAGAACAUAGUCUGUUCCCGGAGCACAACCGUGAGUUCUUGGCCUGCUGAUGUCCAGGACGAGAAGCUCCCGCAAGUUGUGGAAAUGGCGGCCCGAGAGCGAGUGGACACAGCUUCUUCUCAUUUUAAGAUAUAAAAGAUGUUUAGUGUUCUUGAAUGCCUCUGUGCUGAACUCGUGUAUAUUUGUGUGAUCUAGCACUAAAAUACUAAGCGAUUCCAAAUAAAAGAAAUCGUCUACAAUAACAUUCUUCAUCGGAUUAUAGCUGAAAAAAUAUGACUCCAUUCUGUUAAGUUUAAGAGCACUUGAGUUGCUUGUUAUAAUAUGAUUAUUACUCAGUGAUAUGACUUUCAAAUAUCUGGACAAAUGAAUUGUGUCAAAUUUUUUUAGUCUGUUAUUUGAAAGGAGUAGAAACUCCAGUGCUUUUAGGUCUUGAAAUGUGCUGUAUUCUAUAAAUUCCAUACGGUUUCUAUCCAACGCUAAAUAUUGUAAGCGUGUUAGAUUUUUAAAUAUACUCACAUUUAAUACAACUAGUUCAUUGUCGUUCAAUUCUAACAGUAUUAGAUAUCUCGUGUUAUUAAAAGUGCCAUUAUUUAUUUGAUUAAUUGAAUUAUAAGAGGCUGUGAUAUUCUUUAAGAAUGUAUUAUAUUUAAACAUGGAAUCGUCCAAAAAUUCUAAAGAAUUGUUUGACAAAUUUAUGACCUCAAUGCUUUGUUUCCUCUGAGGUGCUGAUUCAAUGUCAGUAACAUUUAUAUCUAAUUCUUGGCUGUUAAGGGGCCCGCCUACAUGUUACAUCAAAUGUGUUGUAGACGUUCAGCAGUUUACGUUUUAUGAAGAAACUGUUUGACCUGCGCAAUUUUUUUUAUAUAAAUAAAAGAGAUUAAAAUACAUUCUAUGUCCCUGCGGUGUCUGCAUCGAUCUAGAAUACAUAUGUCAUAAUAAUAUUGCAUGCUGAAAACGGCAAAAUAACGUAUUUUAAGAUGCCGACAGAACUCGUGGUUUUGAAUAUUUUUAAAGAAAUCCACCGCAGGAACAUGUAUCAUUCUUUUGUCAUCCAUCGCAUGUAUAGUUUGCACCAUGUCACAGCAUUAAAUUUCGAGAAAUUUGUGAUUUCCUAUCGCAUGUUUUGUGUCAAUGUGCUGACCAGCAUGUGGCGCCCUCCAGACCCCGCCGUACCCGCAGACAAAGCGCGCGAGAGAACUACCUCUCACUCUACUGGGUGAGGGGUGGGGGGCUGUUUCUGCUUCCGCCCCUUCUUGGCGUCCUCUUUAGUUCCCUUCGCGAUCUGGGUUGUUUGUGUGCGCGAGCUCCGGUGGGGUUCGUCUGACGGAGGAACGGUCUGCCCUGUCAGUGUAGGCUCAGUACUGCAGCUGAUUUCACUGCCAUGAAAAUUCCACAUGAUCCAAGGCGAGGGAAGAAGGCUAUAGCGCGAUAGUGUUACGACGACAAGAAAGGAGAUGAUUUUAACAGUAUACAAUUAACAGUUGCCUUAUUUAUUUACAGGGGAAGCUGUGAAUACUUUUCUGAUGAGCUCAGCAUGUGUUACUUUUAUCUUCACAAUCCUAAGAAUAAAAACAUUAUUUAAUGCUCCACCCUACAUAGGCAUGCCAUCAUUUACUAAUAUAAUACCUUCGUGACACUGACCAUUACCACAAAAAAAAUAACAAAUACAAUUUAAAAACGAAUAAACUUUUAGUAGCGAAAAUCUCCACAGGCAAGACUAAUUCUAACCAACUGCAGACAUAAAUACACAAUAUAUGUAAACAUCAUUAAAACAUACUAAUAAAUAAAAAAGCAAACAUUUCAGCCCUUCCCUUCGGUAUUU